CCAGAGAUUACAAAUCAGCAUUCAGUCAGAAUAAAAAGGGGGCGAGGGCAGCGAACUGAGGCAGGAUCCGCCCCGCGAGGCAGCCCUCAGUUUCCGGGCGGCGCUGAGCGCUCAGCAUGGCGGGCGAGCACUCCCGGAGCCUGGGCAAGGGCAGCACGGCCCCCGGAGCGGUGCCCGAGGGGCUGAUCCGGCUGUACAGUAUGCGCUUCUGCCCCUUCGCCCAGCGGACUCGCCUCGUCCUUAGAGCCAAGGGCAUCAGCUAUGAAGUAAUUAACAUCAAUCUGAAGAACAAACCUGACUGGUUCUUUGAGAAGAACCCCUAUGGGCUGGUUCCUGUUCUGGAGACCCGCAAAGGCCAUCUUAUCUAUGAGUCCCCGAUCACUUGUGACUACUUGGAUGAAGCAUUUCCAGGGAAGAAGCUAAUGCCUUCGGACCCAUAUGAGCGAGCCUUUCAGAAGAUGCUCCUGGAACGCUUCUCAAAGAUAACACCUAUAUUUUUCAAGUAUGCUGCGGCUCUCAAGGAUGGACAGGAUACCACAGCUCAGAAAGCAGAGGUUACUGAAAAGUUAGGCAAACUUGAAGAGAUUCUGUCCAAACGCAACACUACGUUCUACGGUGGGGACUCGGUCUCCAUGAUUGACUACAUGAUCUGGCCCUGGUUUGAACGCCUAGAAGCAUUUGAGCUGAAUGACACCUUGAGCCACGCUCCAAAGCUCCAACGCUGGAUGGAGGCCAUGAAGGAGGACCCUGCUGUCCAGGCUACGAUGACUGACACGCAGACAUUCAAAAACUUCCUCCAGCUCUACUUGAAGAACAGCCUGGAGGCGUGUGAUUAUGGGCUCUGAGGUGUCAGUGGGCACGAGCUCGCUGAAGUGUCGUCUUCUUUUCAGUGUGCGCUCUGAGGAUCUGGUGUAAUGUGGUGUGGGCUCUUCCCUUUGCUAAUAGGGGGAUCAAUCUGUGCUGAAGAGAUUGAGAUGGCUGUGUACUCUCCUCCUUCCUGCUCAGGAGAGGAUGCUCUGGUUUUAGGCAGGAGGCAGGAAGUCAUUGCUGACCAUGGGUAUUGAUUGCAUAAAGGAAAGUGGUGCCUUUACUCAGGGGUGACCAUCUGUCGUCUCUGGCCUCUUCGCAGGCAUUGCUGUUGGUCAGUCCCUGAACUGACCUAUUACUUGCUUUGAAAAUUGUAAUACUAAUGUCUUGAAAAUAAAAGCAAAAGAUGUUUUCUUUAA